AUGUUCAGGCUCUGGAGAACCUUCAACAGCGUGGUUUUCUACCUCACGCUGGGCGUUGGCCUUGGGGAGCUGGUGGGGAACAGGCUCGUCCUCUGGCACCUCGGCUGCCACAUAAAGAAGGGCCCCUUCUUCCUCUAUGUGCUACUGGCGGCUGUGGACUUCCUGUUCCUUGCCUGCCAGAUGGCCUUCUCCAUCAUCCAGGUCACCCUGGGCUCCGAUGAUACCCUCUACUUUGCCAUCACCUUCACCGCGUUCUCCGUGGGGCUCUGGCUGCUGGCGGCUUUCAGCACCGAGCUCUGCCUCUCCACCAUCGUCCCCUCCUGCUACGGGCACUGCCAGCCACGGCACACCUCGGGUGUUGUCUGAGGCCUCGGCUGGGCCCUGGCCCUGCUGACCGUGCUGCUGCCAGCCCACGCGUGCAGCCUGCUGCGUGCUGGUGCCAGCCCAAUGGCCUCCCUGCGCCACCAGGCGGCCUGCGCCAAGUGGCUGCUGUCCCUUGCCUGUGGGGCCUACGGGGCCUGCGGGGCCUGCGGGGCCUGCGGGGCCGGCCUCAUCCUCUUCCUCUGGGUGACCUGCUGCUCGGGCACUGUCCUGGGCUUGGAGCGCCUGCUCUUCUUCUGCGGCCUGCCGCUUGUCUUCUGCUGGAGCCUGCAGCCGCUCCUGAGCAUCCUGCUGCCCGCGCUCGCCCCACUGCCCGCGCUGCUGGUCUACGUCCGUGGCAGCCGCAGGCUGCUCCUGCACUUGGCCUGGCUGCCGGGGAAGCGUAGGCCGCUGUGGGCCGUCCUCUGGAGGGCCCUGGGGGAGGGCGCCACUGCCCCUGGGCCUGCUGUCUGCCCUGGGCCUCCCUACCGCGCCCGCCCUUGCCAGACCUUUCCAGGACCAGAAGUGACCCCACCCCACUCCCACUCCCUUGCUCUGGGGACCCCAGCACAGAGGACAGAGUGUGAGCCGGGGUCCUGA